AAGCGUCGCGGGGGGGGGGAGAAAUCCAUCUAGCUCAGAAUAUCCCUCUCUGUUGCUCAGUGAUGGGGUGUUCCAGCCCAGCGCCUGUGCGUUUUCUUAGUUAGGGCUGUCGCUUUAAGACAGCGAUAGCUUUGUGUCUCAUUAAUUCAAUGUACAGCGACGCGUUAGUGGAGAAACCUUAUUAGACUACCAGCCGCGCAGAGCGAGAGAGGAGAGGGGAGGAGGGCUACCAAACCCACGGAGCGCACUGACUGGACCCCCAAAACAAAGCACUCCUAAGUUAUUUAUCGUUUCAAUACGUGAGGAGGUUAAAAGAUGAAGACGCCUUAGAUGAAGAUGGGCUGCGGAUAUUUGGAUUAAAAAGUCUGAAUCAUCGACGGGAGGGCUUUCCACCAGCAGCUGGAGUAAAAACACAUCCGAUCAGAGGAGGCGGACAUCAGAUCGGGAGGCAUGUCGUCUGAAAAACACGGGCUCGAUGAUUCCGGCCGCCAGGCCAUGCAGCCUCCUCCGUACCUACCGGGCCCUCCGGAUUCCAACGCGCCCAGCGCGCCCGGCAGCCAGCCCAGCUACCCCCCGCCACCCCCUCCCCCGGGCUCUGAGGGAUACCUCCAAGAAACCCAGUUCCACUGCAGCCCCAUGUCCCCUCCCGGGGCUCCGCAGGGCUACACCGUCCAGACCCAGGCCCCCGGGGGCACCAUGCAGCACCCCCCCGUGGGAUACAUCCAUCCGGGCUACCCCCUGCAGCUGCAGCCCUGCACGGCCUACGUGCCCGUGUACCCCAUGGCAUCAGGUCAGCCCUACAUGCCAGCUGGAGGAAGUCACGCAGGAAUCCCACCGGGUCAGAUUCACCCCAUGCAAAUGCCGCCCAGCAUCACCCUGAUGGACCGCCGACCGCCGCACGACUACCUUCCCAUCGCUGUGCUCACCACCGUCUGCUGCUUCUGGCCAACGGGCAUCAUUGCAAUCAUCAAAGCUGUGCAGGUGCGCACGGCGAUAGCCCGAGGGGACAUGGUGACGGCGGAAAUAGCCUCCCGCGAGGCACGAAACUUCUCCUUCAUCAGCCUGGCUGUGGGCAUCGCCUCCAUCGUGCUGUGCACCAUCCUCACCGUGGUCGUCAUCAUAGCCUCGCAGCAUCACGAUGACGACUGGGAGCCGUAACUCCUCGGUAAACUCCCGGUGGGAAGUCACAGCGUCGAUAUGUUAGCUACCCGACUCUUCUCAAUCCCUCAUCAGAGGAAGUGGGGAAAGUGUUUCCACUCGUUGGACCUCUGUGCUAAGUUCCAAACAAAGCUCUGACCUAAUCUGCCUCCGUCAACCACUCACCAACAACCAAAAACAACCAGUCACAGUUGAUGCUUAAAUCCAAAACAGCAAGCUGUUGUCUAUUUGGGUCAGUAUUGUUGUUCGAACAGCAGCUAAUUAAUAUUACACUCAGAUGUGAGCCGCUGCAAAGGAAACAAGGCUCCUUGCAUUCACAGCUCAUUUGACUCUUAUUCGUUUAUGAAUUACAGCUUUCACUGAUGUAGUCAGAUGAAAGGAUAGGUAGUUAUGUGUUUCACUUUUAAAUGUCUGAACAACAAAAAAAAAGAGCUAAAUGGACCCUCAUGAAAUGCCACAUUUAAAAAGUAUGGUUGAUAUGGUUAAAUUUGCAUUUUAUUUCUUCAGGUAGACCUGUGUUCUCUUCUUGGAAGCGUUAUAUCCAGCCCGUUGAAGUUGUGUUGACAUUCAGAGUGAUAUCUUUUCUGUGUUAGGGGCUGAUUUGCUUUUGAUUGACUGAUCAGUAGAUUAACAACACACCAAAUGGACAUUGGACUCCCAAGCGAGAUGUUACAAACACUGAGUUUUAUUUCAGACUGGUGGGUUGUGUGUUAUGUGCUCACAACUGGAUGAGAUGACAUGUAUUAAUCAUGCCUAUGUUUAUUUAUUUAUGAUGUGUUAUUUAUUAAUUUAUUCACUCAACUUUGCAUUGACUUUUGUCUACUAAAAUCUGUUGCAGCCGUCUGACUAUCCAAAUUGGCUUAAAUCUUAUGGUAAUGCUGUUGCACUUUGUAGAAACAAGAUAAAAUUAAGCAACUGCUUACAUUCCUAGGGCCUGAUUGUGCAUGAUAAAUAUAUUUGUCGACUAAUGAGCUUUUAGUGCCAAAGUAGCUUUUCUCCCAGCUGUUGGUGGGAACAUUUACUAAAAUUUUUAUGAGUUUGUGCUGCAGUCUUUUUCAAAAUGUCAAACAAGCUGCUUUCAAAAGGAGAAGAAUAGACUGCUUACAUUUGAGUAUUAGGCCUGCAAAUAUCCUUUUUACAAGUAUUUGAAAAAAUGUAUUAGCCUUUUUCUGUUGCACAACCGUAUUUACUCUCUUGGACACUGUUUAUAGUGCAACUUUAGGUGUAUCAGGCGCCGUAAAUAACCCUGCAUGUCAUUCUCGGUCUGUUUUUGUUAAAAGCAUUAAUAUUAAGGCUACAUGCGGGUGAUUGGUUUCAAUAAUGUAGCGCCGAACUGCAGCUCUGCUGUGUUCUCUUAAGGGCAACAUGGCUAUAAAGUUGAAAAGUUACAGUAUGAACAAUAGCGAGAGGUUUCAGAGGUUAUGAAAUGAAUGUUUCCAGAAGGAGAAAAAAAAAGCCUAUACUGUGUUGUAGCACUUUCCUCUUUAUGAAGACACAAUUCACUGGCUAGACCUUUAACUUUCCCAAUAUCCCUAACCCCCUGUCCACAUGAAAUAUUGGACCUAUUAACAUAUCUUCUGUUCUGCUCAGCCCCCCUUUUCUCUGUUAAUCCCCUUGGUGAAGAUAUUUUUAAGCAAUUAUACAGAGAUGUUUAAUUUUGGACAAUUAUGUUUGUUAACAGUGAACAAUAAUAGAGAAAGUGUAAACUAAAUUUCUAAAGCUUAUUAACAAUAUUAUGAUUAUUACAAAUGUAUUAUAGUACAUUCAUUCAAACACACGUGGGCCUACAUUUAUCAUCAGAUUCAGGGAGUUAUAAGUUAUAUAUAAGUAUAACUUUGAAAGGAACAUUUGUAUUCCUCUAACAAAUCCGAUCUGAAUUUCUUUUUAAAGCACUUUUUCUUCAUGGGAAAUAUAUCUAAUCUAUAUUUGCAAUGAGCUGUGGAGUGAUUUGAUGUCUUUUCAGAAGGAAAACGCCCUAAUAGCUGCUUUAAAAAACAAAAUUCCUAAUUGCUAAUAUGACUGAAAAAAGAGUUUUCUUACUGGGCUGCUAUCACAAAAAAACUACUUCAAAUUUAGUGUAUGAUAUUAUUUUUAGCUAAAAAGAUUUUAAUAGAUUUUCCUCUUGAAACAAUAGUUUGAUGGGAUUUGCAGUACCAACAUACUCCUGCAUGUAUUAUAGAGUUCAAAAUGUGCCUAAAAGUGCAACGUGAGAAAUCAUGCUCGUGAAAAACAAAAACCCUAUCCUCAGAAUAAGAAAGUAUCAAAAUGUAAGAAACUCAUGGAGAGUUGAAGUGACCAAACAUACAAGUCACAAAGCAUAGAAAUAACAAAUACAACAUUAAAUCCGACCCAUUUAAUGUGGAAACAGAACCUGGAACUGGUUUGCAAGCUACAGACGGAAGUUUUCAACCAUUUACGGAAUUGGUGGUCCAGUUUUAGCAAUUGUUUCUGCGACCUAUAUAGGGAAUUAAUUAAGUUUCUGAACUAAAACUUGAUUGCAGCCAGGAGAUGCUAGCUUGGCUAAAAAAAAAAAAAAAUGGCAAUGGAGAAACGACUAAAUUCAUCCAACACCUUUUCAUUUCCAUUAAUCCGACAACUUGAAAUGAAUCCUUUGUAGAGUGCUUUUAAGGAGCUGGCUGGUGUAUUUUUACUUGUUUCGGACGAAACCAGCUGCUCUUACUGUUGCUAAGCUAAUGGCUAAUUGCUGCAGCUUUAUUUACUCUGGGAGCUGCAUGGAUUUCAAGUGCUUUACGUAAGGAAAGCCAAAAAAAAGUGUAUGAAUAUCAAACCUAAGAAUUAGGGCUAGCUGUAGUAGUUGGUGAACAGGUGUAAAACCUUAACAUCAUAAUACCCACUUGUCCUGAUAAAUGCAGGCCCAGUAAAUAUACACACACAGUGAUAUGCAGUGUUGAAGUGUAAAUGAAGCACAGUGCUGUUUAGUAUUAAUAUUGUUGAGGAGGCUCCGGCAGUGAGUGUUUAUCUACUGAAUAUUGAGAUUUCUGUUUGCUCUACGGCUGGAAAGUUAUUCCUAAUUUAUUUUCAUUAUUUUGAGUUUGUUCUUCAGCUUGUAGAUGCAAUGGGUUGCUUGCUAAAAGAGCCAAAAACUACCUGUGUACAUGUGGGGUUUAAAAUUCUCAUUACAUUUUUGGCUGUAUUACAUAUGCAUUGGGUUCUGACUUCAGUUGUUUGAGUAAUAAAUAAAAGAGCAAUUAUGGGUUAUGAACAACAUGUUGGUGAAUGCGCAGUACUUGUCUGUUUUUCACCUCUCCAUCCUCUCAGUCUCAGUGGCAUCUCCUUCUUCCCUCAUCAGUAAGAUGCUAUUUAUAGUUGGCCCGGUUUUCUCCCUCUCCUCUCUUUUUCGCUUUCUGUCAGAACAUGAUCCACAGACGCUCUUGCAAUCUCACGUCAUAUCACAAAAGAUCUUGUGGGUAUUUGCAUUGCAGCUGUUGAUUUUUCUGUACCUUUAAAAAACAACUAUGGUUUGCUUUUCCAUGUUACAAUACAGCCAUAGAUGAUUAACAUCCAUCUAUUGAAUAGAUCGCUUUGCAAGAUUAUCAUAACUUUCCCAUACAAGGCUGGGUAAUGAAGGACCCCAAGCACGGACUUUCCACAGAAGGAGGCGAGGACAGAUAGUUAGAGAGAUGGCAGUCAUUUUAUUCUGAAUUUACAAAAGAUGCUGCUGAGACAGGAAAAGCAAAAAACAAAAACAAACCUGAAUUGAAACUGAAACACUGAUGAAAACAAAAACAAAACUCGAGUAAAAGCUGACUGACUGACGGUAGAAACUAAAAUGACAUAUUCAACUGACUGACAGAGCCAGGACAAGAAAAUGACAAGAAUGAUCUGGCACUGAACAUUGAAACAUGAGCAUGUAGGCUGAGUAGAUGCAGUGAACAACAGACAAGAGAAGGCUGAGGAUAUCUUGAGAUAGUGACAAGUAACCACAAGGAAAACCACACAGAAAAUCUCAAAGCAAAACAGAAUCCAUGACAACUUGAACAUCCACCCAUCUUUUUUCAAUACUGCUUAUUCCUUUUAGGGCCAUGGGGGGCUGGAGCUUAUCCAUGGUUUAGAAAGGCUCCUUAAUAAUCGUUUGGCCUAAUGUGGCCAAAUCAUUAUUAAAAUACACUCAAAGCAAAUGUUGUCAUCCCGACACAUUUAGCUUCAUAGCUGCCUCUUUUUCUUUUCUAUUUUUGUGCUUGUGUUUAAACGUUAUGAUCCAUCUUGAGCUCGACAUUGUGUGUGAAAGUACUACAAAAAGCAAAGUUUUCCCAUCAUCUAUUUUUAGACAUCGCUGCUCAUUUCGAUCUGUGGCCAUCUGAAGGGCACAAGGCAAAUAUUUACUCAUUCAGAGAUCUGUUUUUGGUGUCCAACAAUCCCUGAGGGGAAAUAUUUGUUUCUUAAGCUGCUAGUUGCUCCACUUUCUCCAGCUGAUUUUGACCGCAUGCUUUGGGGAAAGUUGCCCCGUGAAAGUAGUGACAGUGACAGAAAACAGGAUAUUUCCCGCUGAAACCUGGAAGUUACAGUGAAAACGGCGUGAACCUGAAGGCCGGUUGGAGUGAAAGUAGGGAAGCAAAGCCAGCCUGUGUCUGCGGGAUCACAGAUGGCCGUUUAGCCUCCUGAGGAGAUUUGGUGUCUCUGAGAUCAUUUAACUUGGCCUCACGCUGCACGCCUCAAUCCUUCGUCACACAGCCUCCGCUUCCCCUGGGUCAGCCACGCUGACUGUCUCACUGUGCGUGUUUGUGUCAUCCUGCUGCACCCUUGCUGGGCUGUCAUCUCAGCCACAGCAUCAGGACUGAUGAGGGUCCUGGCAAAUACACGCCUCUGCUCACACGUUAAACCAUCAGUGUGUGAAGCCAUGAAGCCAGGGAUUCAUGCUGGACCUUUUUUCAGCAUUAUUACAGAUUGUUAUCAAGGUGAUUGACUUUCCUUAAUACAUUUGUCAAGAUAUCCCCUUGUCGUCCCCUUGGAGAAAAGAGAUUUUUAAAAAUAGUGCAUACUUGCGUACACAAUUUUGGCUCAUACUGAAUCACUUCAUUCUUCAUUUCACUUGGUGUUCGCAUGGUGUU